GAAAAAAAGUGUUUCGUUACAUCAUGUCGUUUGUUUCAUCCGAUCGGAUGGCCGCCAGUCCUAGGAGGACUCCGCUCCUGGCCGCCUCCCUUCUCCUAUUUCUCCUACUGCGGCCCGUCACCUCCAACUGGAUGCACUUGGGAUUGUCGGGGACUUCGCCGUCGUUGACGCUUCCGCCGCAGCCGCCAAAGGCGCCACAGCCGCCGUCUCUGACUCUGUCGGACCAGGCGACGGCCGGACUAGCGGCUGGAGGUCCCGACCUGCAUCAAAUGGACCAGCACAACCAGCAGUCGAACCAAAUGGUGACCCAGGGGUCGGCUCGGGCCAUCUGCGCCGCCCUGCCGGGACUCGUCUCUCGCCAGAUCCAAGUCUGCCAGGCCCACCCCAACACGAUCCAGUCCGUCUCCGACGGAGCCCGAAAGGGUAUCGAGCAGUGCCAGCACCAGUUCCGCAACGAGCGCUGGAAUUGCACGACCAAGGACGACCAGAAUGUCUUUGGAGCCACUCUGGAACGAGGGAGUCGAGAGACGGCCUUCAUUUACGCCGUGACGUCGGCCGGCGUCGUUCACGCCGUCACGCAGGCCUGCUCGCUGGGCAACCUCACCGAGUGCAGCUGCGACAUGGACCGACAGGGUCUGCCCGCCCCCGACGGAUGGAAAUGGGGUGGAUGCUCUGACAAUAUUCGGUACGGGAUCCAAUUCGCCCGGCAGUUUGUCGACGCUCCCGAGAAGGCCAUGCAGAAGAAGCCGAAAAACGUGCGCAAUUUAAUGAACCUGCACAACAACGAGGCCGGUCGCAAGGCCAUAGCGACUUUGAUGCGGAUGCAGUGCCGCUGCCACGGCGUCUCAGGCUCUUGCGAGUUGAAGACGUGCUGGAGGACGAUGCCCACUUUUGCCCAGGUGGGCGACUACCUAAAGCAGAAAUACGAGAACGCCGUCCAGAUGAAACCGACCAAAUUCGUGAGAACGAUGAUGCAAGAGAAGAUGUCGUCCAAGGAAUUGAAAAUUCAGUCGUCGUCGUCGUCGUCGUCGUCCAAGACGAAGCGUCAAGCUCCGCUGGGCAAGACGGACCUGAUUCACAUCCACAAGUCGCCCAACUACUGCGUCGAAGACCCCAAGAAGGGCAUCCUGGGCACGUCCGGCCGCGUUUGCAACAAGAAUUCGACAGGAUCCGACAGCUGCGAUCUCCUCUGCUGCGGAAGGGGCUACAACACGCAGGUGGUCAGACAUGUCGAACGCUGUUUCUGCCGCUUCGUCUGGUGCUGCCAAGUCAAGUGCAAGACCUGCGUGACCAUGCUGGACGUCCAUACGUGCAAGUAAAACUCUUCCAACUGUACUGCUAUACCGGACGACUAGAAAUUCGAGUUUGUUAUUAUUAUCAUCAUCCAAGUAAAAAAUAAUUAAAUUUCAUUUUUUUUCUGCGAAACAAAAUUAAAAGGGAAAAUAAUUUUGACCUGAUUAAUUAUUAUUUACCUUCUAUCCACUUAAAAAUGAGAUUGAAUCAUCAUCAGUAUUAAAUAUUCAUUUUUUUCCGAACAUUUUUUUUUUCUGAUUAAAUUAGUAUUAAAAAAUAUAUUUUUUUCCUUUUUACUGUACGAGAUAAUAAUAAUAAUUCGGCCCGAAAAUAUUGGCCUAUAAUUUUUGUCUUAAAGAAAAGAAAUUGUACCCGUUUCUUUUUUAAUUUUAUCCAUCCGUAAACCCCCCGGCUAUAUUAUUAUUAUUAUAAAUAAUUUCUUUUUUUUUUUGUUGCGCAACAAAAUCGUAAAAGACCCUGAUGAUGUACAUAAAUUGAAAUAUCCACCUCCAUCCUCCCUUUUUUCUCCUGUAAAUGAAAUUCAAUCCGUCACUCAAAAUGGUAGACGGACCGAUCCAUCGCCUGCAAAAAAAAUUUAAAAAAAUCUGUCCAGUCAAUUAAGACUCCGAAUUCAAACCACAAAAAUCGAUCCAAUAUUUUUUAAAUCUUUUUCUUUUCGUUGAUGUACUUAACUUUUUUCGACAAGCCAGUGAAAAUCGACACACACAUUUUUUUUUUUAAAUUGAUAGCCAUUACAUUUUUAUGGUACACAACUUGUGGGAGGAGUCAAUAAAAGAGGAUUCCUUUGUGUGUUGAGCCCCUCCCCUUUUUUGAUAUGAUGUCAUUUCGAUUGGGGGUAUUUCAAAAAUUUUCCCGCCUUUUUUUUUCAAAAACUGAUCCAUUUCCACAUAUCAUUCAUCCAUCCAUUUGAAAAAAAUUCUUCAUUUUCUGACCGGAAAUGAAUUAAGAAAAUAGAAAUUUGGUGAUUCAAAUUUAAGAGUCUCUCGAGCUGUCCGUGUUUUGUGUCCGUCUCUUUUUUGAGUGUUUCUAUAUUUGCGCGUCCCGUUUUGUUUUUCGUGCCUAGCUGUGUGUACUUUAUGUGUGUGUAUCAUUUCGUUCAGUGUGUGUCUUCUUCCAGAAUGAAAGAGAGAGAGAAAGUAAACAACAAAUCGAUACGACGA